UAUCGACGUUUUCGGGUUUGAAAUUAUUGGUAUCGGAUCCCGAAAAGAAAAUAAGUGAUAUUGUCCAUCCCUAGAGUUUAAGGGGUAAAUGAUGUCAUUUGGCUCUCCAUAUGCAAUGGGUGAAUACAUGAUAACUACUACUUAUUUCUAUUUUCUAUUUCUAUUUUCUAAAAUUCCACCAAGCCAAAUAUGUCCAUAGUAAAAGAAAUAAAAUAUAAAAUUAAAAUAAAUCUAUGAAAUAAAAUAACGUAAAACAAACAACAGGCAAAACUUUGAGGACGCUCCCUAACACACGCCAUCCGUGAGUAAGAAGCCCCGCCCUUGUUUCGCUGAUGAGCAGCAGACAGCGGGGCGCCUGGAAACAGGUUUGAACAGCUCACAGUUACGCACACAGCACACGGACACUGCACUCACGGCAACUCUUUAUGCGUAAUAGAUAUUUCUAUUGUUUUCUUUAGUUCAUUUCAUGCGCUCGUGAUCUGUGGUGCACCAAUAAAGUUCCCAUCGUACUUUCCUAAAAGUUUUGACCGGAGUAAAUUCCAAUUUCAUAGACCAACAAAGAGCGUCUGGGGAGGACAGUGCGCUGGCGCGCCAGCUGGCAGCGAGGAGAAACCGCAGAAGAUGGCCGUGCGCGCUGCCUCCGCGCUUCUCCUGCUCGCCUCGUUGGGAAUAUUGAGGAUAAACGGACAGUACGGGGACCGUGGCAUGUCGGUACCGGAUCACGGCUUCUGUCAGCCAAUUUCCAUCCCGCUCUGCACGGAUAUCGCGUACAACGAGACCAUCAUGCCCAACCUGCUCGGGCACACGAACCAGGAGGACGCGGGGCUGGAGGUGCACCAGUUUUACCCGCUCGUCAAAGUCCAGUGCUCCCCGGACCUCAAGUUCUUCCUUUGCUCCAUGUACGCGCCGGUGUGCACGGUUCUGGAGCAGGCGCUGCCGCCGUGUCGCUCGCUGUGCGAACGGGCGCGUCAGGGCUGCGAGGCGCUCAUGAAUAAAUUCGGGUUCCAGUGGCCCGACAGUCUCGCGUGCGAGUCGUUCCCGGUGCACGGCGGAGAGCUUUGCGUGGGUCAGAACACAUCCGAGAGGAGCGCGCCCAUCAACCCGACUCCCGACGGCACCCCACCGACACCCGACCACGCCAAAAGGGGGCAUUUUAAAUGCCCAACGUCGCUGAAGGUGCCACCCUACCUCAACUACCACUUUCUGGGCGAGGAGAACUGCGGCGCGCCGUGCGAACCCAAGAAACUCCAUGGGAUGAUGUACUUUGGCGAGGAUGAGCAGAAGUUUGCGCGGAUUUGGAUCGGGAUUUGGUCUGUUUUGUGUUGCGCAUCCACUCUGUUCACGGUUCUGACCUAUUUGGUGGACAUGAAGCGCUUCAGUUACCCGGAGAGACCCAUUAUAUUCCUGUCCGGGUGUUACACCAUGGUGUCCAUCGCGUACAUCGCAGGAUUUCUCCUGGAAGACAAAGUGGUCUGUAACGAGAAGUUCGACAACGAGUUUAGGACCGUGGUGCAGGGCACUAAAAAGGAGGGCUGCACCAUUCUGUUCAUGAUGCUGUACUUUUUCAGCAUGGCCAGCUCCAUUUGGUGGGUCAUCUUGGCGCUUACGUGGUUCCUCGCCGCUGGCAUGAAAUGGGGCCACGAAGCCAUCGAAGCCAACUCGCAGUAUUUCCACCUGGCGGCGUGGGCAGUGCCAGCCAUUAAGACCAUCACCAUCCUGGCCGUGGGUCAAGUGGACGGAGAUGUUCUAAGCGGGGUGUGCUUCGUGGGCAUCAACAGCGUGGACGCGCUCCGAGGCUUCGUCCUGGCACCGUUGUUCGUGUACCUGUUCAUCGGCACCUCGUUCCUCCUGGCGGGGUUCGUGUCGCUGUUCCGCAUCAGAACCAUCAUGAAACACGAUGGCACCAAAACCGAGAAGCUGGAGAAGCUGAUGGUGCGCAUUGGCAUCUUUAGUGUCCUGUACACGGUGCCAGCCACCAUCGUGAUCGCAUGUUAUUUCUACGAACAGGCCUUCCGGGACCAAUGGGAACAGACUUGGGCCAGUCAGUCGUGCAAGACGUACGCCGUGCCCUGUCCCGCACACAACCCGCAGAUGAGCCCGGACUUCACGGUGUUCAUGAUCAAGUAUCUGAUGACCCUAAUCGUGGGCAUCACGUCUGGAUUCUGGAUAUGGUCCGGGAAAACGCUUAAUUCCUGGAGGAGGUUCUACACGAGACUGGCGAACAGUAAACAGGGCGAGACAACUGUGUGAACAAACUCUUAAAAGAUGUUCAUGUUGUAAAUAAACAUUGUGACAUUUUGUAAGUAUAUAUUUGUAUUUAAAUCUCACUUGGAUCUUAAUCACUUAAUAACUUUUUUUGGGGGGUGGACCAUAUUGUUUUGGAGAUUAUUUAUGCCUUUCAAACAGGAUAUGGAGAUUUAUCUUGGAAUAUUCUUGGUGGUGAUCGGAUGGGAUACUUUUGUAUAGGGUUUGUAUGUAAACCGGUAUCAUUUUUUAUCACCGUCUGUAUUUCCAUGGGCAAAUAUUCCCAUUUUUACAUGCAAAUAUGGCAAAUAAUGUGUGAUUUGUGCACACAGCACUUACAGCGGGAUAACAUGGAAAUAAUGAGAGGAAUAUGCUUGGUUCAAGUUCAGCUCAAUCGACAGCAUUUGUGGCAUAAUAUUGAUUACCACAAAAAUAAUUUCAACUCGUCCCUCCUUUACAAAAAAGCAAAAAUCGAGACACUUACAAUGGAAGUCAAUGGGGCCAAUUUUUGAGGGUUUAAAGGCAGAAAUGUGAAGCUUGUAAUUUUAUAAAAGCACUUACAUUAAUUCUGUUAAAACUUGUGUAGCCUAUUGUUUAACCCUUAUGUUGUGUUCUGGUCAUUUUGACCCGGACGACUUGACUUUGUUCACAUAUGGGAUUUGAAAACACACACAAAAAAUUGCACCAUUUUCUUGACAUUUUAUUGGUUUUAUUUCACUUUGUUACACUUGUUGUGUUCCCGGUCAAAAAUGACCGGCCAUUAGAAAUGAAUGGAUUAGACUACAACAUACAGAAAUAUUAAAUGUUUAGGAGCAUCACAAUCCUUUGGAUGAGCACAUACAUGUGGAUGUGUGUUUGCACACACAAAAUCUUCGAACAUGUGCACACACACACACAUUAACAACACACACACACAAUGUGAGCAUCCUUUUGUGCAUCGUCUUUCCAUGUACACUCUUUGAGGAAUAUUUCAAGAUCUCCUCAUCAUAUUAUGUUGUGUUUGGGCUCAUUUGAAUCAGGAUCGUCUGCUGUAAGUUACUAUACGUCACUGUCUAUGUCAUAUGUAUGUUUCAGGAAGUAAUAAGGAAAAACGUAUGCAUACACUAAUGCUCACUGUAGUUUGACCUCUGAGUGAAACACAUUUACUCAAUGCAUUUUACUAAUUGAGACCUUUCUAAUGAUAUAUAACACAUGACUAUCUCAUCUUCUUUAUGAUUUUACCGACUCUGAAUAUAAUUGUUGUGUUAGCAAAUUUGCAAAUGAUGAGAACGAAACAGUUCUUAUUUGUCAGUAAAUUAAAAAGCGUUAUUUAAGAAUUGGUAGGAUCAGAUAUAUGCAUUGUAAAACUUUAAAAUGACACAUAUUUUGUUCAGAUCAAGAAAGUGGUUAUUAAUUUAUCAUGUAAUUAUUAUAUAUUUUUUUUGUCUCCCACUGGCCCGGGAUGAGCUCAGUUCAAUAAAAUCCUUUUAUUAUAUAUAUUAAUAAAGAGUCAUAAUUACUAAAAUAUAAGUUGAUAAAAAGAUCUAAUGCAAUAUCUUGUGAUAAUAUAUGCAAUAUGAGAGAUUUAUACACAAUCUUACCAGGAACACAAAAUGCGUUAGCACAAACGAACACAACACAAGGGUUAAGAUAUAAAGUUGCCGUUUUAUGGUCGUUUUAGGGUUUACGGCGUUACGUCAUCAUGGCAAUGAAGCUGUAAAAUCAGUUAUAACUUUACACAGAUGUGGAUAGUAAGUGAUUUUAUCACACUUGUCUGUAUUUUGAAACAGUGAGUAUUUUAACGUUUACAGAUUGACCCCAUUGACUUCCAUUGUAAGUGUCUCACUCUUUUUGCUUUUUUAAAGAAAAGGAAGGACGAGUCGUUCUGUGAUGAUCAACAUUAGGCUAUGCCACACGCUGUAGAUUGAGCUUAACUUGUGUUGAACCCGGAAUAUUCUUUAAAGCUUUAAAUUAAAGCUUUAUGACAAAGAUGUGUCUGGGUGCCGAUGAAAUAUGAAACUGGAAAAUGUUAUGGAGGGUGAGACUUUAAUUUGGAAAAGGGAGCUAGAACAAAACCGUUAGUACCCGUGGUGGACAUUGCUGGUGUUUUUGGCAGGAGUAAACUUAAGUGCCUUUUUUAUUUUGUAAUGGACCAGCAUUAGAGUUGAGCCUGCACUUGUUUCUAACUGAACGAAGUGCAAUUUAUAAUCAGUCUUUAGUUCAUUUCGUCAGUCUGUAAUGAACUUUUAUGAUGUUUCUGAAGGGUACAAGAAGUUCUCUUUCGUUUGAAACAUGGCUCUUUUGCACAGACGUACCUCGUAACAUACAGCUAAAACAGAAUUGCAAUGCACUUCUCAAAUAAUGUAGCUUAAUGUAGUUAGCGUGUUUACAUUCACGAUCUUACGCCAUGCGAGGUGACACCGUUAAUGGGUUUCCUUUAUCGGGGUAUGCUCAUAAACAUAUAAUAAACCUUGAUUUCCCGUUGCAUAUAAACACCUUUAGCGGCGUUCUUACCAAUGUGUGCAUGCGUCUUUACGUGCUUACGUCAAAAACUGAAUAACUAGACUAUUUCAGAUAUCUUGAAAUGCUUGUUUGCUUUCUUUUUUAAUAAGCUGAUUUUUGGUAAUUAUCAACAUAUUGGUAAUAAUGAUAAUUGGUGUUACACAUAUUCUUGUGUAUGUAAACAUUCUCAUUGACCAUGAUGUGAAAAUUGGGACGUAGCCUUCACCAGAACAGCAUCGUCAUUGACUUAAGGUGCAUAUCAGCAGCGAUAGACCAAUUAUCGGUAUCAAUAACCGAUAAAUAGUAGCACUCCUUGUGCCAAACCCCCACCAACAGCCCCAACAAUUCUCUUGGGUGUAAAUAUUUUCAGGUGUUUUGUUUUUGAGUUAAGCAUUUGUCUAAUUGCUAUAAAGUGUCUUAGUCUGUUUAUUGGCCAUCAACGACUGCACUCUCUUAUGGGAUGAUCCGUACCGGUCGACCACUACAUACAGUGUGUGUUUUAGACAUUGCCCUGCUUGUAAUGAAUGGGUCUUUCUUUUUAGAAAAGCCCUUUACAGAACAUCAGAAAAGUCUUGAUUGUUUAUGGCAAAUAUCUCUCAUGCAAAUGAAUGUUUUGUUUUUCCAAAUGAAUCUCUGUUAAAAGCAGCAUACACAGGGUGAUUUCAGAAAUCCUGUGUUCUUAUGAAAUGCUGUAUGCAUGAAUCUGAAAUGUAUUUAAUCACACUAGCAUUGAUAUAUAGGCUAUAUUACAAUGCUCAAUUUUCUACACUGGUGACUUCUGUUAUGUUUGUUUCUUUCUCAUACUUCUGCUUGUAAUACUCUUAAAAAAAAAAACCUUUAUAUUUAUAGACAAUAGUUUAUAACGUAUUUGAAAAAUAAAGUUCAGGUUUGUACAAAACA